CAUGUUGUUUACCUGCAGAAAUCGGUGUCCACGGAUCUCGUCGGUAACUCGUGUCGGUCUGCGCUGAACAUAAUUCACCGUGUCGUUUCUUUAAGUCACGGUUCGGUCUCGUGUCUGUUGACGGUAAACAUGACGUCUGUGGCGGAAGCUCGUGCUGCGCGGCUCCCGGCCGCAGACAACCCGCUGAAGAUGGUUAAAGCCACCGCAGGUGUGAGGAGAGCUGCUCUCGGAGAGAUUACCAACUGUCCUGGAGCAGCAGUCAACACCAAGAGGACCGGAGCGACCAAAGCCAAACCAUCUUGUGCCCAGAAAGUGAAACCUGUGGUGCCUCCAUCAGUCCAGGUCGCAGCACCUGCAGAUCCCCUCCCCCCAGUGUCAGAGGAGUCAGCUGACGUGUCCAUGAAGGAGGAGGAGGAGCUGUGCCAGGCGUUCUCUGAGGCGCUGCUCACUGUGCAGGACGUGGACAAGCAGGACUCAGACCUGCCGCAGCUCUGCUCAGAAUACGUCAAAGAUAUCUACAAAUAUCUGCACGUCCUGGAGGCGCAGCAGGCUGUACGAGCCAACUACAUGCAGGGUUAUGAGAUCACUGAACGCAUGCGAGCUCUUCUGGUGGACUGGCUGGUCCAGGUUCACUCCAGGUUCCAGCUGCUGCAGGAGACUCUGUAUCUCACAGUGGCCAUCCUGGAUCGUUUCCUCCAGGUCCAGCCGGUCUCUCGCAGGAAGCUGCAGCUGGUUGGUGUGACCGCCAUGCUGGUGGCCUGUAAAUAUGAAGAGAUGUACGCUCCAGAGGUCGGAGACUUCGCCUACAUCACAGACAACGCUUUCACAAAGUCUCAGAUUCUGGAGAUGGAGCAGCUGGUUCUGAGGACGCUCAACUUUCAGCUGGGACGUCCUCUUCCACUACACUUCCUGAGACGAGCCUCCAAGGUGGCGAAUUCUGACGUAGAGAAACACACGCUGGCCAAGUAUCUGAUGGAGCUGACCCUCCUCGACUACGACAUGGUGCACUACCGACCCUCUGAGGUCGCUGCUGCUGCGCUGUGUCUCUCCCAGCUGCUGGUCGACGGGCUGCCGUGGUCUCCCACUCAGCAGCACUACUCCACUUACGACGCGGCCCACCUGAAGCCCAUCAUGCAGCACAUCGCCAAAAAUGUGGUGACUGUAAACGGGGGGAAGACAAAGUUCCAGGCCGUCAGGAACAAGUACUCGAGCAGCAAGCUGAUGAAGAUCAGCCUCAUCCCUCAGCUGAAGUCGUCCAUCAUCACCAACAUGGCGGCUCCUCUGCUCAACAAUCCUUGAAGCCAGCUUUAAAUUUUAUCAGUGGACAUUUCACUUGCACUUUAUUUUAGAUUGAUCUCAAUCUGUUGAGAAACUUCUAGUUUUUAAU